AUGUCUACAACCAUCAAUAUUGAUACAGCAAGCUCGGACACGGUGAACAUGUUUCAAGACGAAGAAGAAAUCAAGAACUAUGCCCGGGCUUUAAUCUUAUACGACAAGCUGUGUAUUCAAUUCGAGGCUUAUUUAAAGUCUAUACAAGAAGCGGCAAACACCAAUAUCAGCAAGUUCAGCAACACCUUCGUGAUGCUCACGGCAAUUUCCUUUAUACCAGCAUAUAUACCAUGUCUCGAGUAUGUUGAACGCCCAACGUCUCCAGUAAUCCUUCUCAUCGUCGAUGGGGCUAUUUGUUUCAUUUACCUUUUACUGUACGGCUACAUGAGAUUCUUCAUCCCAUGGCUUUUAUCUCGUAUAACGUCCUUCGAUGACGAAUCUAGAUUUUAUGCAAGAGGUCUCGCAGAGUCGAUGAGAUUUAAAGAAUGUAGGAGCGAUAAGUACUCUCAAGAAUUAUUGAAAGAACGUGCUUAUGAGACAAGGGCCAACUUUCACAAGUUGACAUGGUGCCGUAUCUUAACUCGACCGCUCAAACAUACUCGUCAGAUCAAUCGCAUGUUCGAUUAUUCAAUAUUUGCAGUUAGUGUAACCGCUCUGAUCACGGUCACAGUGUUCUCGGACCUACCAAAGUUUGAAGUUACCCAGACAUCUCAGCUAGUAUUUGCUUGGUGUAUUUUCUUCGUUAACAUCUUCAUUCGAAUCAUGGUCAAAGAUUCGCUUGACUUAUUACAAGUCAUCAAAGGCGAUCCGGAAGAUCAAUGUGGGGCGCCUCCAAGCAAAUCAUCAUCUAUAUCUUCAGUACAUAUGCCGUCACUUACAACGAUACAUACACCUCCUCACCAUCCAUGUUCAAUGACCUCUGUACAACAACUUUCAAGAAGCAAGUCUUGGUCGCAAUCGAAUUCGUAUGGAUCUCCUCACCCUGCAUAUUCAAUGACUGUGUCACAACCCCCAAGAAGCAAGUCAUGGUCGCAAUAG